AUGAGUUUGGUUGACGAGACAGAUUUCGUGAGUCAAUAUCUUGAUUCGCUGAGCUCACUCGCGGUAAAAUAUCCACAAGACUUUGCCCCGCCGGCUCAAACAAGGCCACGGCCUCCUGUUAGGACGUUUACCGGUUCCCAAAGUAAAACCGGAAAAAACAAACAUCAAGUAUCGAAACCAACAGAAGGCGCCUCGAUAAAAGUCAAUGUCAAGUCGUUGAAAGGUGGAAAAGUUUACACGGUCCAAUUGAGUAAUUUAGAGACGGUUUUCAACUUGAAGGAAAAAUUACAGUCGCUCACGUCGGUAUCCCCUGGAAAUCAAAGGUUGAUAUUGAAAGGAAAAGCAUUGGUCGAUACGAAAACCUUGUCCGAGUAUGGAAUUGAUAACGAGACCACCAUACACCUGGUUCAGAAAGUUGCUGGAUCCAACUCGGAACAAACGGCGUCUGGUAGCACUUCUGAGUCAUCCUCGGAGCAAAAUACAUCAAGUCUUCAGCAUUCCCAGGAAUCGCACGAAUUGCCUCCACUUUCGGCCGAAGGAGCGGAAAAGGUCAAAGAUCCACAGUUCCUGGUUUCAAUGCGUACCUUUUUGCGCGAACAAUUCUCCGAAGGGGAUGCCGAUCGAAUUUUACAUGAUUUCGAGAAAUUUUAUUAA